AUGUCCGAUCAGCAAGGAAGAAAUGAGAAGAGAACCACAACUGCUUACAAUAACCCACACAUAACCAUCGGGUUGGAGGGGAAGCAGGAAGUUGGGAAGUUUUGGCCGAGGGAUGUCUCCAAGCAGCUGAGCGGUAUGUACAACAUCAAACUGAAGCAUCUCUACUCCUCAAAGCAAGAGGAAUCGCCAAAGUAUCGAGUAUAUCAAUGCGACAGCCACGAAGACUGCCAAUUUAAGGACGGAGUAGAUCGAGGAGCGGAAAGGCAAGAACUGAGAAGUCAAAGGAAGCAACCUCAAGUAAAAGACGGCGGGCAGAGACCAGUAAUACUGGUCCAGUAUGCGAGAGCCAUCGACAAGCAUGGAAUUGGAAGUAGGAGAAGAACCAAAACCGA